GAUUUCUUAAAUGUUACAGAUACCCCUGUGGCCCCUCUCGCAUGCAACCACCGGGGUCCAAGUAAUAUUCCUCUUUCAAAGGGAUUCCCUCUCUCUCUCUCUUUCUCUCUCCCCCCUCCUCUCCCACAUAAGAUGCCUUCAAAAUCUCUUUCUCAGUUUCUCCUGGGCAAAAGAAAAAAACAAAAUUGACACUCAUUAACAGUACUGACGACUGGUUCUUUCUCUAUAUAUGCUGGAAGAUAGAUCACUCAAACUGAAAUUUUGACUUGCAGGGUGCAAAUUAGACGAACAUUAAUACCAUACCAGAUAUUUGACAGGUUUUACCCACCUCAUGCGGCAGUAAGGUUUGGUGCAGUGAAACAGAAAGGAGAUCUGGUUAACAAUAACAUACAUUCCUGUUUUAUUCGUGUUUACGUCAAAUGACAACUUGAAUUGGUCUGGGUUGAUGGGUUUUGUUCCGUUGUCUUUCUUAUAAGCUGCUGAAGAGCUGCCACGACAACGAGAGCGUCCAAUCUGCACCGGCUCGCAUAACGAUUUUGUUUGCUUUUUUCACGAUAUACCCAGAUUCUCUCUCCAAAAUCCCCUACCUGCAAUAGAUGGUGAGGUGCCUAUGAGAGGAUUCAGUCCUCUCCGCUUAAAUCUUAAAAUACAAAACCAAUUCUCAUUGUAACCAGCUUCAGCGGUGGUGGAAUCUCCGGCCAUGCAUACCCUUUUGCGAGUUUUUAAGGAUUUGCCCGUAUUGGAACGUGUAGCGGUUGCGAUCCACUUAACGCUUUUGGUUUUCUUUCUGUGCUUUGUGUCAGUGAGGCGGCUGGUCGCCUGUAUUGGCCGUCGGCUUCCGGUCACUAAGGAGGAGGUGUCUAAUGCAAAUUCGGUUCCUCUUCGUCACAGUGAAGCUGUGAUUCGGAAUAUUGAGAUUGGCACGGGAUUCAAAGUCUCGGUUUUCUGUUGUUUCUAUGUUCUGUUCCUGCAAGUAUUCGUUUUAGGGUUCGACGGUGCUGGCUUGAUUAGAGAUGGGGCGCAGGGGAAGACGAGGGACUGGUCCGUUCUCCAGUUGCCGGUUGCUCAAAGUUUAGCUUGGUUUGUUCUGAGCUUUUGGUGUUUUCACUGUAAGUUCAAGCCUUCUGAAACUUUCCCACCUUUGCUAAGGAUAUGGUGGAUUAUUUCAUCUGUCGUAUGUUUGUGUACUCUGUACGUUGACGGCAGAGAGUUGCUUAUAGAGGGGUGGAAGCAUGUGAAUUCGCAUGUUGUGGCAAAUUUUGCCGCCACCCCUGCUCUUGCUUUCCUUUGUUUCAUUGCAUGCCGGGGUAUUUCGGGCAUACAAAUACUCAGAAACUCCGAUCUUCAAGAGCCACUGUUGAUCGAAGAAGAAACAGGCUGUCUUAAGGUGACCCCUUACAGUGGUGCUGGGUUCUUUAGCUUGAUCACACUUUCAUGGCUGAAUCCUCUUCUGGCAGUUGGUGCAAAGAGACCACUGGAACUCAGGGACAUCCCUCUUCUGGCACCUAAGGAUCGAGCCAAGACUACUUACAAGAUUUUGAGCUCGAAUUGGGAGAAAAUGAAGGCAGAGAAUCCUGCAAAGCAGCCCUCAUUGGCUUGGGCGAUUUUGAAAUCAUUCUGGAAGGAGGCAGCCUGCAAUGCCAUCUUUGCCGGCUUGAACACACUAGUUUCAUAUGUGGGUCCUUAUCUAAUUAGCUACUUUGUGGACUACUUAGUGGGGAACGAGACUUUCCCAAAUGAGGGUUAUGUUCUGGCGGGGGUCUUCUUCACUGCCAAGCUGAUUGAGACCAUAACCACCCGGCAAUGGUAUCUAGGGGUAGACAUCUUGGGUAUGCAUGUGAGAUCAGCUCUAACAGCUAUGGUUUACCGGAAGGGGCUCAGGCUCUCAAGCUCAGCCAGGCAAAGCCAUACCAGUGGGGAGAUUGUGAACUACAUGGCAGUUGAUGUGCAGAGAGUGGGGGAUUACUCAUGGUAUCUACAUGACAUUUGGAUGCUUCCUAUGCAAAUAGUUCUUGCUCUAGCAAUUCUCUAUAAAAAUGUAGGCAUUGCCUCAGUUGCAACACUGGUUGCCACCAUUGUAUCCAUUAUCGUUACUGUCCCUCUGGCGAAGAUGCAAGAAGAGUACCAAGACAACCUCAUGGCAGCCAAAGAUGAAAGGAUGAGAAAGACCUCUGAGUGUCUGAGGAACAUGAGGAUUCUCAAGUUGCAAGCAUGGGAAGACAGGUACAGAGUGAAGCUGGAGGAAAUGCGGCAUGUAGAAUUCAAGUGGCUUCGGAAAGCUCUCUAUUCACAGGCUUUUAUUACAUUCAUCUUCUGGGGAUCUCCUAUCUUUGUCUCGGUGGUCACUUUUGGUACUUCUAUACUGUUGGGUGGUGAGCUUACAGCAGGAGGUGUCCUCUCUGCUCUGGCCACUUUCAGAAUCCUCCAAGAACCACUUCGGAAUUUCCCAGACUUGGUUUCAAUGAUGGCUCAAACAAAGGUUUCUCUAGAUCGUAUUUCUGGAUUCUUGCAGGAGGAAGAAUUGCAGCAGGAUGCCACCAUUGUUCUUCCCCGGGGCCUCACAAACAUGGCCAUAGAGAUUAGGGAUGGUGAGUUCUGCUGGGACCCUUCUUCUCCAAGGCCAACAUUGUCUGGAAUACAGAUGAGAGUGGAAAAGGGGAUGCGUGUGGCUGUUUGUGGCAUGGUUGGCGCCGGAAAAUCAAGCUUUCUGUCGUGCAUCCUUGGGGAAAUACCCAAAAUCUCUGGUGAAGUUAGAGUAUGUGGGUCUGCAGCAUAUGUUUCUCAGUCGGCCUGGAUACAGUCGGGAAAUAUAGAAGAUAAUAUUCUUUUUGGCAGCCCAAUGGAUAAGCCGAAGUACAAGAGUGUUAUUCAUGCUUGCUCAUUGAAAAAGGAUUUGGAACUCUUCUCACAUGGUGACCAGACCAUUAUUGGUGAUAGAGGCAUAAAUCUCAGUGGAGGCCAGAAGCAAAGGGUGCAACUUGCAAGGGCUCUAUAUCAAGAUGCAGAUAUUUACUUACUUGAUGAUCCCUUCAGCGCAGUUGAUGCACAUACAGGAUCAGAGUUGUUUAAGGAAUACAUAUUGACGGCAUUGGCUACCAAGACUGUGAUAUUUGUUACACAUCAGGUUGAGUUUCUGCCAGCUGCAGAUCUGAUACUGGUCCUUAAAGAGGGACAUAUCAUACAAGCAGGAAAAUAUGAAGAUCUUUUGCAAGCUGGAACUGAUUUCAACACAUUGGUUUCAGCUCAUCAUGAAGCAAUUGAAGCUCUGGAUAUCCCCAAGCACUCAUCUGUUGAUUCAAAUGAAAAUGUUAUUGUCGAUUGUUCUAUCACGUCUAGUAAAAAGUGUGACUCAAAUGCAAAUAAUAUCAACAAUAUGGUGAAGGAAGUGACAGAAACUGAAUCAGCUUCAGAUGGGAAAGCAAUUAAAGAGAAAAAGAAAGCAAAACGUUCAAGAAAAAAGCAAUUGGUUCAGGAAGAGGAACGAGAAAGAGGAAAAGUCAGCAUGAAGGUGUACUUGUCAUAUAUGGCUGCUGCAUACAAAGGCUUAUUAAUACCACUCAUUGUUCUUGCACAGGCAUCAUUUCAGGUGCUUCAAAUAGCCAGUAACUGGUGGAUGGCUUGGGCUAAUCCACAGACUAAAGGAGCCCAACCUAGGACAAGCAGCAUGGUUCUUCUUGUUGUUUAUAUGGCCCUUGCUUUUGGGAGCUCAUGGUUUGUGUUUGUUAGAGCUGUCUUGGUUGCCACAUUUGGUCUAGAAGCUGCACAGAAGUUGUUUACAAAGAUGAUUAGAACUAUCUUUCGGGCACCAAUGUCUUUCUUUGACUCCACACCAGCUGGACGGAUUUUGAAUCGUGUUUCUGUGGAUCAAAGUGUUGUGGAUCUUGAUAUUCCUUUCAGACUUGGUGGAUUUGCAUCAACAACCAUUCAACUUCUUGGUAUAGUUGGUGUAAUGACACAAGUUACCUGGCAAGUCUUGCUUCUUGUUGUCCCAAUGGCCAUUGCUUGCUUGUGGAUGCAGAAAUACUACAUGGCUUCAUCAAGGGAACUUGUUCGUAUUGUAAGCAUACAGAAAUCUCCAAUAAUCCAUCUUUUUGGGGAGUCCAUUGCUGGAGCAGCUACAAUUAGGGGCUUUGGGCAAGAAAAGCGAUUCAUGAAGAGAAACCUAUAUCUUCUUGAUUGUUUUAAUCGCCCCUUCUUCUGCAGCCUCUCGGCAAUUGAGUGGCUCUGCUUGCGAAUGGAAUUACUUUCAACUUUUGUAUUUGCAUUUUGCAUGACACUACUUGUGAGCUUCCCACAUGGGAGUAUUGAUCCAAGUAUGGCUGGUCUUGCUGUGACAUAUGGCCUUAAUUUGAACGCGCGAUUGUCACGUUGGAUAUUGAGUUUCUGCAAGCUGGAAAACAAAAUUAUUUCUAUAGAACGAAUUCAUCAGUACUGCCAAAUCCCAAGUGAAGCACCAGUUUUUGUUGAGAACUGUCGCCCUCCAUCCUGCUGGCCAGAAAAUGGAACAGUUGAAUUGAUUGAUUUGAAGGUUCGUUACAAGGAAAGUCUUCCUGUAGUCCUUCAUGGAGUAACGUGCACAUUUCCUGGUGGGAAGAAGAUUGGUAUUGUUGGCCGCACUGGAAGUGGUAAAUCUACAUUGAUCCAGGCUUUGUUCCGAUUGAUUGAACCAGCAAGUGGGAGGAUAGUCAUAGAUGGCAUUGAUAUUUCAACAAUUGGCCUUCAUGAUCUGCGUGGUCAUCUCAGUAUAAUUCCACAAGAUCCAACGUUGUUUGAAGGGACCAUUAGGGGAAAUCUUGACCCACUUGAGGAGCACUCUGAUCAUGAAGUGUGGCAGGCACUUGAUAAGUCUCAACUUGGAGAGACAGUCCGCCAAAAAGAGGAAAAGCUUGAUUCUCCAGUGCUAGAGAAUGGGGAUAACUGGAGUGUUGGGCAACGGCAACUUGUUUCAUUGGGCCGGGCUUUGCUUAAGCAGGCAAGGAUACUGGUUCUUGAUGAAGCAACAGCCUCAGUUGACACAGCAACUGAUAAUCUUAUCCAGAAGAUUAUCCGAACAGAAUUUAGGAAUUGCACUGUCUGCACUAUUGCACAUCGUAUCCCUACUGUUAUUGACAGUGAUCUGGUUCUAGUCCUCAGUGAUGGUCGUGUUGCAGAAUUUGAUACUCCUGCACGGUUGUUGGAGGACAAGUCAUCAAUGUUUUUGAAGCUGGUGUCCGAGUACUCUACAAGGUCAAGUAGCGUGCCAGAUUUUUAAACUUGAUGGUAUGCCACACCACCUUGAACAGAAAACUAUAGCAGCAGCAGAUGUACAGAAAUGAGCCAUCUGCUACUGCUGCUCCCCUUGCUGCUGCAUUCGGCAGUUAAAGAGGAGAAUCAUAUGGAAAGUGAUGUGCUUUCUUGUAUAGUCAACCCACAGAAGAAAAGAGUAGUAUUUAUGUGAUAUGGGUACUCUUCCCAUUCCAAGCAGAAUUGCUGUAUCAGAACACGGCUGGCCCAAUGUAAACAAAGAUGAGUUGGGUCCAUAAGAGUAGAGAAUGAUAAUAAGUUUGCAAGUGGAGGAAAUUGCGUUUGAGGAGGGAGGGUUAUUCUUGUUGAGCAUUCCCAAUAAUGCAAUCUUGGCAUCAAAUCCAGAUGAUCGUUCAUUUAUCUUUAUGAAGUUAGCAGGGCAUCUACAGUCCUGUAUCCUGCGCUGCUGCUCUUGGCAAUGUAGUGCUUUUUGUUCUGGUCAUUGUUUCUUCCUCCCUGAUUUGCAUACCUUUUCAGAAGAAUGGUCAGAUUAGAUAUACAUGAACACGGAUUCUGGGGAUAAAAUCAGUCAUUUGUGUGGCAUAGGCCAUGAUUGGCAUGUUCUAAGCACUAGAUUUACACUUUUUUUUUUGGAUAGGAAGAAGAGCUAGCAGGUGCUAACCCUCCUUGAAUGUGCGAUGGAUGGUUUUUCAUUUUCAGGGGUGGUUUCUCUCUUCCUUAUUGUGUGAUACUCUACUAAUGUAAUUUACAUUUGCUGAACCCAAAAGUCCAACAUCCAGUUGAUCAACCGCAGAAUUGGGUUU